AUGCCCAUCAACACUACACACAAUCCUAACGCACCAACAAACACCAAAUUCACCACCGUCAACACCAGUGAUGAUGACCUGGUCUAUAUCUGUCAUCACUACGAUCGCACCUUCACUUCACACAUCGGCGUGUUUGGUCACUUGCGAAUCCCUCACACGGUGACUGGCGAAUCAGUUCCUGGAGCACCAGCUUACACCCGCCGCAUCCGCCUCCACCGUCCACACUGCCCUCGCACAUUCAUGCAUCGCAUGGGCCAAUUCGGCCACAUGCAUAUCCACGAGAGCGGAGUUGACAGCAGCCCCUACACGCCUUGUACAUUCAGCACACCCACUAUACCUAGUCCCACCAACACACCGUCGCCCAGUGCGCCCACCGCCACCAGCCCCAUCACAUUCAGUACAUUCAGCGCACCCACCAUGCUCAGCCCAACUCACAUCCCGUCACACAGAGCGCCCACCGCCAACUCCACCAUCAGCAUCACUGAACCUGAUACUGACACUGCCGAAUUCUCAUGUCCAAACUGUCCCCAUACUUUCACCUUACGCAUCAGCCUACUUGGUCGCAUGCGAAUUCACCGCACGGAGACUGGCGAACCAGUGCCUGGGGCACCAACCUACACUCGCUGCAUUCGCCUCCACUAUUCACAAUUUUCCCGCACAUUCACUCACCGCAUGGGUCUAUUCGGUCGCAUGCGUAUCCACAACAGCGGAAUUGGCCUCAGCUCCGACACACCUAGGACCUCCUGA